CGAGCGUAUUUGGUAACUUUUUAUUUAUAUGUAUUUAAAUGGGAAUUUCCACUUGUAUGGUUGUUGUAUUUUGAUGUAAUCGAAAUAUGUAACAUUUAGUAAUCGAUGAGCGGUGAUGCAUUGGAAGAACUUUUGGUAUGUGAGGGAUGGCCAAUUAAAGGAAAACAAUUGAGUGAUUUUAUUGGUGAACCAAUUUCACGAAUACAGGAUGUUAAUCAGUUGAAGAAACAACUUCUUGAUGCUGAUAUACGUGAAUAUGCUUUCCCGUUGCUUUCAGACCGUAUCGACAAACAAUUAGGUGAAUUCAAGGGACCUCUAGUCGUUCAAAUUGUAAAGCAACGCAAUGUUUCAUAUUCAAAGUAUAGUGAAGUAACGCAUACGGAUGGUCUUAUCAAGAUUAAACUAAGUGAUGGUUUUUCCAGCAUUCAUGCAUUGCUGUUUCAGCCUAUACCAAAGUUGAACGCAGAAACGCCACCGGGCACAAAAGUUUGUUUGAUUGGGAAAAUUCCAAUCGAAAAUGGAAUGUUGCUAAUCAAUGGAACUAACUGUCAAGUAUUAGGUGGCCAUGUUGAAAAGAUGGUCGAGAAAUGGAAUAUGGAAAGGAACUGGCGACAGAAACUAGUACGAACCACUGAAAGCAAUGCACCGAAAUGGGUUCAAUUUUCCAAACAGCGAUUGUCACAGUCAUCUCUUCCGGUUAAUGCCAAUAAUAAGAUGUUUCGAGCCAAUGAUAUAAUCAAUGGAUUAAACAAAAGAAUGACUGAUGAGCGUAGUGAUGAUUUCAAUGCUGCUAGAAAAGCUCAAAUUGAGCAGGUUGUCGAAAAUAAUGCUAUAAAGAAAUUUGCUCGAAGUCAGUUAAAGCCGAAAUCAUUAGAGAAUUCUGCAUCGACCUCUUCUAACAACAGCAACAAGAAAGAUCCGAUGGCAAAAGGCAAACCUGAUAUGGGAAAUACAAACCAGCGUUUUAUCCGUGAUGACAGAAAAAAUUUAUCGCCGGUUCAUCGAUCAUCGAAUCUUCCCACUCUAUAUGACUUUGUGCAGACGAAAGUUUCCAUCCCUGAUGAGUCUCCUGGACAACAAUAUCAUAGUAACAUGGAGGAUGCCGAAAUUCAAGGAAUGGAUCGACCACGAAAGGGCAAAUUUAAUGAGAGAGAAUUAUCGGCAUUGAGCCUUUCUGUGGUUGAUAAUGGACCAACAAAUGAUAAAGAUUAUAAUAUUCCACAACAAACUGUAUUUUUUGGAACUAGAAAUCCUGGUUAUCAGCAGAAUAUAGUUUAUCGGCCAAUGUACGAACAACAGCAACAACAGCAGCAACCUUUCAGUAAUAUAGUAAUGAACAGUGGGAUGCCACCGGUUUGGAAAAUUGGCGACAAGUGCCUCGCGCCGUGGAGUGAUGGCCAAUUUUAUCCAUCAACAUUGAUAGCAAUGGGUCCAGCUGAUAUGUGUACCAUUGAAUAUGAUGAAUACGGAAAUAGAAGCAGUGUGCCUGUUGGAGUACUUCUUCCAUUCCAAACAUUUUGA